UUUGGGUCGUCUCUUUUGGCAACCAGCCCUGCUGCCAUCUCAGCACCUAUACCCCGUACAAAAAUGAAACCCGAAACAAAAUCCAAAAUUCCAGUUCAGAAAAAGCCUGAAGAACUACCAUGGGACCUGGUCGACCGAUGUUUUCUGCCCAUAGUGUUUUCCCAUGCGGCCGCAAUAAUUUUGUCCACGAUUUUAAACAAUCUUUACAUUUCCCAAGUGUCAAUGUUCGCUCUGUUUUUCUGGUUCCUAGUGAUAAGUGUUGGAUCUACGAUAUUUUACCAUAAUUUGAAGGUGACGGCAGCAGGAAAGGCAGUCCUAGUGACAGGUUGCGACUCUCGAAUCGGUUAUGCCAUCGCUAGACAGUUGGAUGACCUGGGGUUCACAGUGAUAGCUGGGUUCCCUGUGAAAGACGAGAAGUCCGCUAAACUCAAAGAGGAAUCGUCUGGAAGACUUCACAUCAUCCAGCUUGACCCUACGUCGGAAUCUCAGAUACUUCAAGCUGUCCUGUAUGUCAAGAACCACAUUCCUCAAGGACUCUGGGCAUUGGUGAACAAUGUUUCAUGGGCAGCUUUUGGUGAGAUUGAGUGGGUUCCAAUUCAUAUAUUUAAAAAAUCUACCGAUGUGAACUUCAUAAGUACCGUCAGAAUCACUCAGCUGUUUCUGCCUCAGAUUAGAAAAACGAAAGGAAGGGUCAUCAAUGUGAUAAGUCUGCUCGGACGAAUCGCAGCACCUGCAAAGUCUCCAUUUUGCUCAGUCAAGUUCGGCUUGGAAGCGUUCAGCGACUGUUUGCGGCUAGAGAUGAGAAGAUGGGGAGUUGACGUGGUGGUUGUCGAACCUGGGGUUGCCAGCACAGCAAGCUGGUUCGAUGACAAAGCUAUUCUAGAGGAAGCUAAAACAAUGUGGAAAGAGAUGUCUGAAGAAGUGAGAUAUGAUUAUGGUGAAGACUACUUCGAAUACAAAGUACGAUCCAUGCCGGAAUACAACGCCCCAACGGAUGUGGAUUUGAGCCCAGUACUGAGAUCCCUCGUAGACGCGGUAAGCCGAACAUUUCCUCUCGCUCGAUACACCCCAGUUACUCAGCAGGAGAAAGUUCAAGCUUUGGUGGCGGACCAUCUUCCUCGAUCCGUGUACGACAUUAUCUACAACUAAGAUUUGUCUGAUAAGUAGUCCUCACAUUGCGCAAUUUUUCAUCGUUUCACAUUUAUUUUUGUACAGAAGAGACGUUUUUUGACCCAGCUUGUGUUGUUGAAUAUAAGUUGUAUACUUUAUUUCUCUCCUGGACCUUAUAAUUUGCAUUUACUUUGUAGAAAAGCUUGUUAUUUGUAAAUUGUAACCUCUGUAGGUUACAAUAAAAUUACAGUUAGAACAAUAAUUUUAUAGUGUAAAUAAAGAGAUUACAAAAUUGUUAAAGAUCUA